AUGAGUUUUCUGAGGUAUAUUUCGCGUAGCCUACACCGAAACAGCUGCUUUCAGAUAUCUGGACGCUGUACAGCAGACUCCAUUCCCUUGAGUACUGGAAGAAACUUCGCAGCUAAAACGUAUUACGAGUUAUUCCCAGAGACGCUCAAAGCCGGACCUCCACCUGCAGGAACCUUUCACGUUGAUUCGCGCGCCCUUCGAGGUGAAUUUCUACAGCUUCAAGCUGUUUCGCAUCCAGAUCGGCAUGCUGCAAGCGCCAAAGGAGUAGCUGAAGCAGAAUCUGCCCAAAUAAAUGAGGCAUACAGUGUUCUGCAAAAUUCACUAGCCCGAGCACAAUAUCUUUUAAGCUUGAAAGGUAUCAAUGUUACUGCUGACGAUAUGGCUACACCAGAACCGGAACUUCUGAUGGAAGUGAUGGAGGUGAUGGAAGCAAUUGAUGAGACUGUUUCUCAGAAUGACCUUGAAAAGCUCAGAAGCAUUAACUCACACAAAAUAAAGCGGAGUGAGGAUAUCUUGGAAAAGGCAUUUGGGCGAGACGAUUGGGAAGAUGCACGCAGAGAAACAAUUCGAUUGAGGUACUGGACAAACAUCAAGAAUCGUAUUAACGAUCUUGAGUACAGUGGCAAUGGUGGCGAGCCUAGAAAAUGUGAAGACAUUUAA